AUGUUUCCGUUUCGUCGCUCACUCUUUAGUCUCGCCGGUGGCUUUAUGAUCACCGAUUUCUACGUGAACUGUGUGAACAUUACGAAUUUCCGCUUAGAGCCCCUCCCAACAAUCUACGUGGAAGACAAGAAAGAAAGUACGUCGAACUCUAAAAGUUCCAUUAUUUAUGGUAUUGCCCGUCGUGUGGGAAUGGCAGCCGACACGUACGAUGAGAUGCCAAUAACUUCACUGCGUGAUGACAUUGAAAUGUUUAUGCAGAGGAAUACUUUGGUUGGUGCAAUGGUGGUGUGUACUCUAGUAUCGUUUGGUGGUUUAUGGUCAUUGCUUGGUUCAGCCUCCGCUAUAGCGUUUGACGGUGAGAGUGGGUCAUAUCGCUAUGCAGCUGUAAAAGAUUGGUUGAGUAGAUGA